AUGCAAGAUGGCAAGAAGCAGAGUCAGCUUCGGAGUUAUAUAUGGAAGAACUCAAGAGACUCCCGGGCUUGUUCGCCGACACCAUCGGAGGCGCGGAACAGAGAGAUCCGGUCUCCAACCUCCAGCCCACCCCCUGAGGGCAACAACCGUCCGUUAGAGGCUUUCUGCCAUGACGAGCUGAUAAAGGCUGGUGGCAGGCCGGUGGUGCCUCUCGAGUUUCUGCUUCAUGCGGCCAAAGACGGAGCCGACACGGAACAGUUCGAACCUUAG